AUAAGGUAUGGAAUUAGUGGAAGCCAUAGCCUUGGAAAGCAAAUUAAACAAGCUCUAUAGGAGCUAGUUUAUACAUGCAUGUUUUUUUAAUCUCUAUGUCAGACAUUUAAAUCCCCUGGCCAUGCUUUAAAAUGACAUUGUAUUGGUAUUGGUGCUAGUACAUAGCUGUACUGUGUUACUGUGAAUGAUGUUAAAGCCUUACACAUCAUAUAUAACAUGGAAAUUGGCAAUGGGUGAUUUAAACUUGAAGUGCCAACACUCAGACCACAGGGGCAGGUUUGUGUUUGUGUAAUGGAAGAAGCAGUGUAGCAAAUAAGCUUGUAGCCAUGAAUUAUCAUGUUGCAGUCCAUCAAAAGUGUGUCCUGUUAUUAUGGUACUCUGAUACAGGUUUGUCUUCUUGCAUAACCUUCUAUGAUAGUUGUGGAAUGCACACUGGAAAGGGCAGAUCCACCCCUUGCCUACUAUCUCCCUACACUCUCUCUCUCUCUCUCUCUGUCUCUCUCUCUCUCUCUCUCUCUCUCUCUUGUGCAUGGACACAAACACCAUCACCCUGUCGUCUGAGCAGUGGCUUUGCAGGACAAGGCUGUGGAACCUCAGAGUGCUGUGCUGGAUGUAUGGGACAGCGGGCAGUGUGGGGAGCAGGGCUGAGCGAAGCAGCUGCUGCUGGUCAUUAAGUGAGUUUGUGCUCUGCUGAAGGAGGACAGAGAGGUGUCCUGUGGUGAGACAGUCAGUGAGGAAGACCAUCAGCGGCCGUACUGUGUUGGCUGCUGGCAGCAUGAGGAUGAAGGAGCUGUCCCUGCGCCAGGAUCCUGACCUGAGGAAGGAGCUGGCACUGCUGGCCCGUGGCUGUGACUUUGUCCUGCCUUCACGCUUCAAGAAGAGGCUGAGAGCUUUUCAGCAAGGACAGGCUCAGCUUAAGAAAGAGGAGGCCGUUUCACCAGCUUUAAGCGAAAGCAUUCCGAAGUUCUAUUUCCCUCGAGGCCGGCCCAAAGCCAAUAUCAACAUUGACAAUCUCAUUUCCAAGAUAGAGAAAAUAUUUUCUCAGUUUCCCAGUGAAAGAGUCACUAUUGAGGAUAUGGGGAAGGUUGCCAAGGCCUGUGAAUGCCCACUCUACUGGAAGGCUCCAUUAUUCUUCGCUUCUGGGGGAGACAGGAGGGGAUAUGUGUCCGUUCACAAAUUUGUGGCAAUGUGGAGAAAAGUGCUGCAGACCUGUCAUGAUGAUGCAUCCAAAUUUCUUCACCUUCUGGCCAAGCCUGGCUGCCCUUAUUUGGAGCAAGAGGACUUUAUUCCAUUCCUGCAGGAUGUGGUGGAUUCGCAUGCAGGCCUUGCUUUUCUGAAGGAGGCCUCAGACUUUCACUCACGCUACAUUACCACAGUAAUUCAGAGGAUAUUUUAUAACGUCAACCGAUCAUGGACAGGAAAAAUAACGUGUUCGGAGCUUCGGAGAAGCAGUUUUCUUCAGAAUGUGGCACUACUGGAAGAGGAGGAGGAUGUUAACCAGCUGACUGAGUACUUUUCCUAUGAGCAUUUCUAUGUUAUCUACUGUAAAUUCUGGGAGCUGGACACUGACCACGAUCUGUACAUAGACCAGAGUGACAUGGCACGGCACAAUGAUCAAGCCAUCUCCCAUAGAAUGAUUGAAAGAAUAUUCUCAGGAACUGUAACAAGAGACAGGAAGGUUCAUAAAGAAGGCCGGUUGAGUUAUGCUGACUUUGUGUGGUUUCUUAUCUCAGAGGAAGACAAGAAGACUGAAACCAGCAUAGAGUACUGGUUCCGGUGUAUGGACCUGGAUGGCGACGGAGUUCUGUCCAUGUACGAGCUGCAGUACUUCUAUCAGGAGCAGUGUCAGAAGCUGGAGACCAUGGCCAUUGAACCACUGCCAUUUGAGGACUGUCUCUGCCAAAUGCUGGAUCUGGUCAGGCCUGAGACGCCAGGAAAGAUCACCCUCCGGGACUUGAAGAGAUGCAAGCUAGCUCAUAUAUUCUUCGACACUUUCUUCAAUAUUGAGAAAUAUCUGGAUCAUGAGCAAAGAGAUCCAUUCAUGGUGGCAAAGGAUGCUGAGAGUUUGGGACAGGACAUUUCAGACUGGGAAAGAUAUGCUGCAGAGGAGUAUGAUAUUUUGGUGGCUGAGGAGGCCGCCAAUGAGCAGUACAAUGAUGGCUAUGAGAACCCCCUGGUGCCAAUUGACUGCAUCUCCAGUGAGUUUGACCUGUGCAGUGAGAAGAGGCACUUGUUUGAGUUUGCUAAUCCUCACUGUAACCUGGACCUGGAUGAGUACAAAUACGCAGACGAUUUUGAAUGACAGCCACUUGCAGUGAUAUAAACGUCAUAACUAUCCACAGACACACAACACCUAGCAGAGCACAGCAAAACAGGCCUCGUGCGACUAACACCAUGCCCGUAGCCAUUCUGUAUAAAACACAUCAACACAGCCAUAUGCAUGAGCUUACAAGUUCAUGUCUGUGUUCUGACUGGCCAAAGAGUGUGUCCCAGGUUCUAGUUAAGACGAUACACCAAUAUCCUGGUGAAAAACAUGAAGAGGUACGCUUGUGCUCGCCCAGAACACCAGCAGUGUAGAAUCAGCUGUACAGAGCCUGACAGCUCCUACUGAGCUCUGUGCCUGAUCAGCACUGGAUGAGCACUAGGCCUGUCAGGCUCGUCUGACUGCACAGGAACCAAACGACAGGUUAUCGAAGAACAUUUGAAAUGCUCAAUGUGCUCCAAGUGUAGAAUAUUUAACACACAAUUGGCAAGUGUUACAUUCCACAAAUUAACCAAAGUGACUUCAGACUUGAGCUUGAUUUUAUGGAUGGUGUAUUUCUAAUAACGCUGUGUGUAGGUGUCUGAAAUGCCUCACACUCAGAGCUCCUUGAGGGGAAAAACUGUUUUUACAAAUACUGUGCCUGCUGUCAGCCUCUACUUUGCUGUUUCACAGAUAUGAACAUUGUUUUAAAUUAUAGAUUUAUUUAUAAAUAUUUGUACAUAUUUAUUUGGUGUUUGCUGUGUUUUGUUGAAAAAGUGUUAAGAUAUAUCUGAAUUUUAAAUAAAUCUUGUUCUUUUUCUAUAAAAGUACCUUGAACAAUGUACUUUCAGAAUGAAAAAGUAAGCCAUUUUUUAUGAGUUUAAUAAAGUAUUAUACCUUCAUUCA